AUGAAGAGGAGAGUUGUGGUGAGGCUGAGAGAGAUAGAAUCUCGAUCGAGACUUCAGCGGUGGGGCAAGAAGAGGAGGAAGGCAGCAGAGACCGACGAGUCACGUAAGCAGCAGCAUAAUAAUACUAGUACUAUAAAACCCAAUAUUCUCUCUCCUCCAUCACUUUCAACCGCCUUUUGCAUAUUGAACAAGAAAUCUCAGUGCAUCCAUCUCAUUCAAUCACCAAUUACGAGACGAUACGACAGAACAAAAGACAAGACUCGUCCCCAUUUGACUCACAGGUUAGCCCUUUUUUUGCUCGAUAAAGUGAGUGAAGGCUUAACCAAUAACCUCGAGCUUCCCACGGGUGAGCAAAAAUGCUCUUUGGAUGGACUUCCAUUCAGCCGAGCCUCAGGCUCACCAGCCACAUUCAUCAGAACCCCCCCCCCCCCCCCCAAGGAUAGGAAACGCCUCGUAUCGUGGAGUGGAACGGAAGACCAUUGGCAUGACAAAGCAGCUUUUGAAAUAUCCUGUGAUUCAUCUAGGUUGGCUUCAUCUGGAGCAGCAUCCACCCGUGAUUCGUCUUUGUCUAGGGAUUCUUCUCGCGUCCAGGAUAAGCUGAACAAAUCUCAGAGGCUUCUUCAGAAAAGCAUGCAGUUGGAGGAUAGCUUAUUACAUGGAAGUAACCCUAGGUUGAUCCAUGUUAAUGAUCCAAAAAAGACUAAUGAUAAGUUUGAUUUCUGUGGAAAUGAGAUCAGAACUAGCAAGUAUACAGUAAUAACUUUCUUGCCGAAGAACCUAUUCAUUCAGUUUCAUCGGGUUGCCUAUUUAUACUUUUUAGCUAUCGCUGCUCUGAAUCAGCUUCCGCCUCUUGCUGUAUUUGGGAGAACUGUGUCUCUGUUUCCUCUUCUGUUUGUGCUUUCUGUGACAGCUAUAAAAGAUGGUUAUGAGGAUUGGCGGAGACACAGAUCAGAUAGGAACGAGAAUAACCGGGAGGCUCUAGUACUUCAAUCUGGUGGGAAGUUUCAGUUAAAAAGAUGGAAGAAAAUCCGGGUCGGUGAGAUUGUGAAGAUCCUUGCUAAUGAGACUAUUCCCUGUGACUUGGUGUUGUUAGGAACCAGUGAUCCUAGUGGAAUUGCUUAUAUUCAGACAAUGAAUCUUGAUGGUGAAUCAAACUUGAAGACAAGGUAUGCUAGGCAAGAAACAACUUCAUUAGUGUGUGAAGGGGAGACGAUUUCAGGAGUUAUUAGAUGUGAACAGCCUAACAGGAACAUUUAUGAAUUCACGGCUAAUAUGGAGUUUAAUGGGCAUAGAUUUCCGCUCAGCCAAUCGAAUAUCAUAUUGCGUGGUUGCCAGCUGAAGAACACAGAAUGGGCAGUUGGAGUAGCAGUUUAUGCUGGGCAAGAGACUAAAGCUAUGUUGAACAGCACUGCGUCUCCAUCUAAAAGAAGCAGGCUGGAAACAUAUAUGAACCGGGAAACACUUUGGCUGUCUAUUUUCCUUUUUGUGAUGUGCUUGGUUGUAGCAAUUGGGAUGGGUCUAUGGUUGAAGCGCCAUGAGGAACAGCUUGAUACCUUGCCUUAUUACAGAAGAGUUUACUUUGAAGAAGGAAAACAUGGCAAACAGUAUAAGUACUAUGGGAUUCCUAUGGAAACAUUUUUCUCCUUUCUGAGUUCGAUCAUAGUUUUCCAGAUAAUGAUACCUAUAUCUCUUUAUAUCACCAUGGAGUUAGUUCGCUUGGGACAGUCGUAUUUCAUGAUUGGAGACAGGCAUAUGUAUGAUAUUAACAGUAAUUCUAGGUUUCAGUGCAGAUCCCUAAAUAUCAAUGAGGAUUUGGGUCAGAUUCGCUAUGUUUUUUCAGAUAAAACAGGAACACUUACUGAAAAUAAGAUGGAAUUCAGAAGAGCUAGUGUGUGGGGAAAAAGUUAUGGGAGAUCCCUUUCUGCCUCUGAUGCAUCAGUAAACACAGAUAUUGGAGAAGAACCAAUCCAACAUCCUUCGAGUCGAAGAAAGUUAACGAUCAAAUCAGAAGUUCCAACUGAUGUUGAACUAAUGCAAUUGUUACAUGCCAAGCUAGCCGGAGAAGAGAGGAUUGCUGCAGACGAGUUUUUUCUGACGUUGGCAGCAUGUAAUACCGUGAUUCCUAUUCCUACCAAAAGUUCUUCAUGUGGUAUACAGAACAAUGUGGACGACACUGAUGUCACCAUCGAGUAUCAAGGUGAAUCUCCUGAUGAACAAGCACUUGUAGCUGCUGCAUCUGCUUAUGGGUAUACACUGUGUGAGCGGACAUCUGAUCAUAUUGUGACUGAUGUCAAGGGUGAGAAACUGAGGUUGGAUGUCUUAGGACUUCAUGAGUUUGACAGUGUGCGUAAAAGAAUGUCUGUUGUCAUUAGAUUCCCAGAUGAUUCUGUAAAAGUUUUGGUCAAAGGGGCUGAAACUUCAAUGUUUAGCAUUUUAAGCGAAGAGCAUGAAACUCAUGAACACAUAAAAAAUGCCACUUAUACUCAUUUGAAUGAGUACUCCUCUGAAGGACUGCGAACCCUUGUGGUCGCUGCAAGGGACCUUACAGGAGAAGAACUUGAGGAGUGGCAAUGCUUGUAUGAGGAUGCUAGUACAUCUUUGAAUGACAGAUCAGCAAAAUUACGCCAAACAGCAUCUCUAAUCGAGUGCAAUUUAACUCUACUUGGCGCCACCGCAAUAGAGGACAAACUACAAGAGGGUGUACCAGAAGCUAUUGAGUCUCUGCGGCAAGCGGGGAUAAAGGUUUGGGUUCUUACUGGAGAUAAGCAAGAAACUGCAAUUUCAAUUGGUUUGUCUUGCAAACUCUUGACCUCCGACAUGCACCAGAUCAUCAUUAAUGGCUCUUCAGAAAAUGAAUGCAAAAGGUUAUUGUCAGACGCCAAGGCCAAAUACAGCGUGAAGCCCACAAGUUGUGAUAGUCGGAUCUUAAAAUUGCAGAGAGAAGCAGAAAAUGGUACAAAGUCAUAUAAAUUACCGCAGCAGCUUGCGGGAGGGGAAGGAAUUCCUGUUGGACCUCUAGCACUCAUAAUUGAUGGGAAUAGUCUUGUGUAUAUUUUAGAGAAAGAUCUUGAGUCUGAGCUCUUCGAUCUUGCAACUUCAUGUAAAGUUGUGCUUUGCUGUCGCGUUGCCCCUUUGCAGAAGGCUGGAAUUGUUGAUCUAAUAAAGAGCCGCACUGAUGAUAUGACACUAGCCAUAGGUGAUGGGGCUAACGAUGUUUCAAUGAUCCAAAUGGCGGAUGUUGGUGUUGGAAUAUGUGGUCAAGAAGGGCGCCAAGCUGUGAUGGCAUCAGACUUUGCUAUGGGACAGUUUCGAUUUCUGAAGCGUUUGCUUCUUGUGCAUGGACAUUGGAAUUACCAGCGUGUUGGUUAUUUGGUUCUUUACAACUUCUACCGCAAUGCUGUUUUUGUUUUCAUGCUUUUCUGGUACAUAUUGUGCACAGCUUUUUCUGCAACUUCUGCAUUAACAGAUUGGAGUAGUAUGUUUUAUUCUGUCAUCUAUACUUCCGUACCUACAGUAAUUGUUGGUAUUCUGGACAAGGACUUAAGUCAUAAGACACUACUUGAGUAUCCUAAACUCUAUGCUGCUGGCCACAGACAGGAAAGUUACAAUAUGAAACUCUUCUGGGUCACCAUGAUUGAUACAGUUUGGCAGAGCCUUGUUCUUUUUUAUGUACCACUAUUCACUUAUCAUCAGAGCGAUGUUGACAUAUGGAGUAUGGGUAGCUUGUGGACAAUUGCAGUAGUGAUCCUUGUCAACAUUCACUUGGCAAUGGACAUACAGCGCUGGGUAAUAUAUACUCAUAUGGCAGUGUGGGGGUCAAUUAUUAUCACGUAUGUCUGUUUGGUGGUGCUGGACUCUAUACCUGUCUUCCCUAAUUAUGGUACAAUUUAUCAGCUGGUGAAGUCACCGGCCUACUGGCUCUUAAUUUUGCUUAUUAUAGUUCUGGCUCUGCUUCCUCGCUUUAUUCUCAAAAUUAUGCACCAAAUUUUCUGGCCAUCGGACAUCCAGAUAGCUAGAGAAGCAGAGAUAUUGAGGAAAAGACCUAGUCAUUCUAGAUCUAGGUCAGGUCACAGUGAAAGCUAAUACGUGCUGUGUACAUUGCCAAUCACCCAAUUAGAUAUAGCUUCCAUUGGGUUUGCCUGGUGCUUGGCUUCCCGUCGUAUUCCGGUCUAGAUGUUGCAGAUGAGCUACACACGUAACGCCAGCAGGUGAAGCCAUUAACAGAACGUGGAUAAAAGAUCUGGCGGAGUCGCCAUUUGACUGAAAGAAAAGGGAAGAGAGGGUUAAACUCAAAGUCAAAGCGUGAUGAUUAAUGGAGAAUGCAUGAAGACGAUCUGGUUGCCGAGGGUCUAUUGGAAACAGCCUCUCUAUCCUCACAAGAUAGGGAUAAGGUCUGCGUACACACUACCCUCCCCAGACCCCACGGUGUGGGAUAAUACUGGUUAUGUUGUUGUUGUUGUUGUUGAGCAUGAAGACGACGAUCUGGUUAAGGCAGAAAAGUGGAAUAAAGGCAUCGGGAUGGAUCUACCCUCCCCAGACCCCACGGUGUGGGAUAAUACUGGUUAUGUUGUUGUUGUUGUUGUUGAGCAUGAAGACGACGAUCUGGUUAAGGCAGAAAAGUGGAAUAAAGGCAUCGGGAUGGAUCUUAUAAGUGUUUGUUGAUACUUAGGUUGGGAUAUUUCCACAGAGGUAAAACUGACAGGCUGAUUGUUAGGUGUACAGUGUAUUUAAGUUGUUGCAAUAAUUAUAUCCAUGUAUAAGUUAGAGAGAAGAAAUGAAGAACGAAAAACAAAGGGAGAAAGAAAUACAAGUGUAUAAUAGUUUCUUGUAAAGUUCGGGGAAUCCAUACUCUUUCAAAUUGUGGGAGAAAAAGUUGUUCACUGAAGUACUGAAUGAUGUGAAUUACUUGCUCAAGGAACAAAGAGAGCAUAUUGCUGAAUUCCUAAUUAGAAUACUAUCCAUUCUAAAUCCACUCAUUUAAUUUAA